UAUACUUUUUUCUGUAAUGUAUUUCUUUUAAUUAAGGUUAACAUGUUGGUUAGAGGCUCAGGCCAAAUUUCUUCACAUAAAAUAUGGAUAAGCAUUUUUGUUUAUCUCUCAUACAAGCUUACAGCUGACGUAAUUUUCUUUAGUGGAAGAAAUAUACAUUUUACAAAGCAACACAUAAUGGAGCAAGAUUUUAUGAUCCCAGGGAAAAAAACUGAAUUAACACUAAAAACGAUUACAGAAAUAGAAGAACUGGCUGAAGAUAUAUUGACUGACAGGGCUCAAAUAAUAGACUGUGAUAAAAAACGUAACAGCAACAGAGAAGCACUGCAAGAAUUAAAGAAAACCAAAGAUAAUAAACAUUGGUUCUGCAUUGGAAACUUGUUUUUAAAAGUUCCUAUUUCCAACACUGUAAAAAUGUUACAAAAAGAUCAAGAAACAUUAGAUAAUGAGGUGAAAAAAAUCCAUAAUGGUUUAAAACCAAAAGUGAAAAAGCUGCAUGAAUUGGAAGGAUUACCUGAUGUAAAAGGAUUUGAUUUGACUAGUGUUAAUUAGAUGAUAAACUUUGUAAAGCAAUUAUACAGUUUUAAAAAUGUUGUAUUUUAGCUGUUAGUGUUAUUGAAUUUUAUGCAGUAUGUGAUCUGUCAUUUCUUUUUAGUGGAAACUUUUUUUUCGUAUUAAAUAAAGAAUGUCAGAUUACACUAA